AUGGAGAUGGACGCGACGGAGAGGCUGCGGUGGCGCUUCUCGGACGGCGGCCUCACCGAUCUGCUCGACGCCCGCAGCCUCCACGGCUCCCCCGACAUUGGAAAGAGAAUGCAGUUCCAUUCUUCUCUAGUACAAAGGCUUGCUUUAGAAAAGGAGAUUGAGGGUCACGUAGGUUGCGUGAAUGCUAUUGCAUGGAACUCAAGUGGCUCACUUCUGAUAUCAGGAUCAGAUGACACUAGAGUCAACAUCUGGAAUUAUGCUAAUCAAGAGCUGUUGCAUGAAAUUGAUACUGGACAUUCAGCAAAUGUAUUUUGCACAAAAUUUGUACCGGAAACAUGUGAUGAAGUAGUAGUUUCAGGAGCAGGAGAUGCUGAGGUUCGUGUUUUCAAUUUGUCUCGUUUAAGUGGCACAAGGCCUAGGGAGAUUUCCAUGGAGCCAGCUGCAGUUUACCAAUGUCACUCAAGGAGGGUCAAGAAACUAGCUGUCGAAGGUGGCAACCCUAAUGUAGUGUGGAGUGCAAGUGAGGAUGGUACUGUAAGACAGCAUGAUUUUAGGGAAUGCAGUUCCUGUCCUCGUGCAGGAUUGGUUAAUCAGGAAUGCCGUAACGUGCUUCUAGAUCUACGAUGUGGAGGAAAGAAGUCUUUAGCUGAUCCUCCCAGACAACCGCUGUCGUUUAAGUCUUGUGAUAUAAGCUCAGUUCGUCCCCAUCAGCUCCUUGUUGGUGGGAGUGAUGCGUUUGCCCGGCUGUACGAUAGGAGAAUGCUUCCACCAUUGAGCUCAUGUCAAACAAGAAGGAAGCCACCGCCUUGUAUAAAAAUGUUCUGUCCAUUGCACCUUGCUGAGAAUAGGAAGUCAAAUUUGCACCUUACCCAUGUUGCGUUCAGCCCGAAUGGGAAUGAGGUUCUUUUGAGUUACAGUGGUGAACAUGUAUAUCUAUUUGAUGUCGACCCAGACAAUACGAGUCCAGUGAGAUACACAGCAGAUGAUGUACGUGAUCAGUUAUGUUUACUGCCUUUUCACAAGGAACCAAGAAAACAAAAGUCAAAACGGGAUAAGUUUCCAGCUAAGAGAAAUUUGUGUAGGGUAGAUAUGUUGAAGAAACUUAUGCAAGUCGUGAUAAAAUCUCUGGAGACUGGCACAAACCUAAUGCAUGGCAUUGAAGCAUGCUGUGAAAUACUUGAGGCCCUGGAAUCUGAUAUUGAUGAUAGCACGAGACAUGAUUGUUUGUGUACCCGUGCAGGAUUGUACCUAAAGCGGAGGUGGAAAAAUGAUGUUUACAUGGCUAUUCGGGAUUGCAACGAAGCAAGGAGUAUUGACUUUGCAUCGUUCCAGGCACACUUGUUCAUGGCUGAUGCACUGUUACAGUUAGGAAGACUGAAGGAAGCAUGUGAAUAUGCAGAAGCUGCACAUAGUCUUGUUCCACCAAAUUCGGUGUCUGCGGAACAGGUGGAAAAUAUAAAGAAGCGACUUGCUGCUGCUGAACUUGAGAAAAAUAAAAAAGAUCAACAAGGAAAUACUAACACUGAUGCGCGGCAUGGACGGUUACGGUCAUUGAGUGAUCUACUGUUCAGAUCAGAUGUUAGUGGGUCAUCAUCACAGGAGGGCCGAGAAGAUUCAGAUUACGAUGAUGAGAUGGAGUUAGACUUUGAUACAUCAGUAUCGGGUGAUGAAAGCCGUGAUAGUGAUCCAGGUGCUGUUCGAGGUAGCUUACGUCUAAAAUUGCACCGAAGAGAGGACAAAACUAAUGAGCAGACUGUUGGGAAUGGAUCAGCUGAGUCCACUUGUAAUGGCGAUUCUGCCUAUGAGCCGGAUGUUGCCAUUGAUAUGAAACAAAGAUAUGUUGGGCACUGCAACGUGGGGACAGAUAUAAAGCAAGCUAGCUUUCUUGGUGAACAAGGGGAAUUUAUUGCCAGCGGAAGUGAUGAUGGUAGAUGGUUCAUAUGGGAGAAAAGAACAGGAAGGCUUGUUAAAAUGCUUGCAGGGGAUGGAGCUGUUGUGAACUGUAUACAGUCUCAUCCCUAUGAUUGUGCUGUUGCGACGAGUGGAAUUGACAAUACAAUAAAGUUAUGGACACCGGACGCAGAAGGUACUUCUAUGGUUGAUGGACCAGAAAUUGAUGUGUUAAGUGCCAUAGAGAACAAUCAGAAGAAGUUAUGCCGCAACCGUGAAACUUUGUUGCCCUUUGAGUUUUUGGAACGAUUUGGGGCGCAUGAAUUUGCUGAAGGAAGCUUGCAUCCUUUAGAGUGUGCGCAGACUUGA